AAAUAUUCUUCUUUCGUACAUUUUUAAUAUUUGGGUUUCUUAAAUUGAUUUCCGGAAAUUGUCAGACACUGUGAUAAUCAAUUAUUUUAUCUAUAUUCUCACUUGAUUGACAAAUAUAUUCAGAAUAUGAUGAUUUCCCUAAAUUAUCAGUGAUAUUAUUAAUAUUUUCAGAUAAUCAGCUUGAAUAGCAAGAAUGUCAUGCCAUCUGUUGCCAUUAGUUCAGCUUGAUGACAUUACUGGUCUGCGUGACUUUUUAUUCCCUGAACUUAAGGCCACAGCAGACACUAAACCAGAUCAAGAAAAUAAAGGUGACAGUUGGACAGAAGACUGGGGAGAAUGGGACGAGGAGACAAUGGACACAAGGGAGAGCACUCCUGAUACCGACACAGAAGGGGAGGGAACUGUGCAUGCCAGUGCCAGCAAAUGGAUCCAGGACUGCCAGCUGGCUAUCUCCCCAACUGCAGACCUCAUUGCUAUCAGCAACAAGGAUAAACUGGUCCUUAUGACACCCAAAUAUAAAGCUGACAAAGAUGCAGAUGAUGAGGUGACACGGUACUGCACAGUUUGGUCGGGAUCUGUAGCUCAGAAUACAAGUGAGUUUGUGACCUCCCUGCUUUGCUUGCCACUGGCCUCUCAGAAGAUGAGUACCCAAGGGGCCCCAGACUGGACAUGUGUCCUUGUAGGGCUGUCAUCAGGUUUCGUGAGAAUAUACACAGAGACGGGAGCUUUACUUUUGUCUCAGAAGUUGCACACAGAACCUGUUCAGCGACUUAAGUGUAAUACCUACACUCCCAGGCGUUACCUUGGCAUUGCAGAACAGCAUGAGGAGCUGCUGAUCCUGUAUGUGACUGCCCUGGUGACUAUAGAUGGCUUCAGUCUGUACCAGGCCCUCAAAGCCUGUAGAAAUCAGGUGGCCAGAGCAACAGCAAGUGGUGAGGCUAGCCUUCAGCCACCUCCCUUGGCCUACAAGAAGUGGGCCCCACAGGACAUGGAGACUAUAGUUGACAUGCACACCACAGGAGUUCACACUCCCAAUCCGUUUGAUCAGAUGGUUCUGGCCUCCAUUGUGUCCCACAAGAACAGUAUACGUCCCGCCCCACCCGCUGCCUCUGUGUACCUUUUGGCCGGCAUAGGGCCUUACACUGGCUUCUUCUAUGCCAUAGAGGGAAGCGCCCAACCUAUUCUGUCUGAAGUAGCCUUUGCUGUAGCCAGUAAACUGAAGUCAGCUAUCAUGUCUGCUGCAAGUGGAUGGUUGAGUUUUGGGUCAAAAGGCAAGUCAGAGACAAGCGGUGAAAAACAACCAAAAAUAGAACCAGCUACACCUUUACCACUGAGAUUUGGUUUACCGGACCAGCGCCGCGAGGGUCUCUGUGUCAGCCUGUCACCUAACAACACAUACGCUGUCACCACAGACAGCUUUGGCAGGGUCAUACUCAUUGACAUCGCUCAGGGAAUAGCCAUAAGGAUGUGGAAAGGUUACCGUGACGCCACUGUGGGCUGGGUCGAGGUCAAGGAGGAGGAAGAGUCCCACUCUCAUGUCAGGCAGUGUCGCAGUGCACAGUUCCUGGUUAUAUAUGCAUCCAGGAGGGGCAUUCUGGAGAUAUGGCUUGCUGGUAAUGGCCCUCGUGUGGCAGCAUUCAACGUGAGCAAGCACUGCCAGCUGGUGUCCAUAUCUCACGGCAUACUCGGUCUUAACAAUGUCACCAGUAAAGGGGUCCGCAUCAAGGCCUUCCAGGUGGCCCUUCUCGACCCUGCAGGUACUCUGAAGACUGUCCAGGUUCCCUUCCAUCUGGCACUCAGUGACAAAAACAACAAAAGAGUAAGAGACAUGCAUCUUCUUAAAAGAUUGAAGGAAAUACUUAGAGAAAACAAAGAGGAAUCAGAAUCACUGGCUGCCCAAGUUCAGGAUUUGUUGCUGAAUAUUAAGAUAUGCAGUAUAGCCCAACAGGGUGUCGACAAGAUUCUUUCCACACCAUAUCUGAGUGCCAAGUUCAUGUUGGGCAUUCUAGCAGCAAUUGUUCAGAGACUCAAAAAUAUAGGAGAAAAUCAUCGAGACAUUGAGCGUCGCCUGUUUCUGCAGUACUGUCAGCUACAGGAGCGACUCAUACAGACGUACAUAGAGUUGUCUACCCUUCAGUCCACCACACAGGCUGUAGAGCAGCACACACAAACUCUGUCCACACUUCUUGGUCUGAGCGACAGUGAGGUGGAGCACAUGAAUGCCCAGGCCAGUCGUUACCAUGGCAUCCCAGCGGCCAGUCGGGGUGGAGCUCGAGUCACAUUCAAGGAAGACGGUGUGACCAAUGUGGCCGACUUUCUGUUCUGCUUUGCGUGCACCCCACAUGCAGGGGAGAGUGCCACAUCUGGGCCUGGAACUGUGGCUCUGGCUAAAGACUUGACUGAUGAAAAGACGCUUCAAUUAGGGCGGCUGAUGUUUGAGCCAUGUCUGAAGUAUCAGACGCCUACCACUGAUCUGUUCACUGCCAUUAGAAACUGCCUGGUGCCUACAGAAGAUUUGGCGAGUUUGCUUGUGUGCUCCUGGUUGCAAGAUAAUACAAGAACUGCCAGCCAGGUCCCUGGAUUAUUCUACAUGCUAAAACUCAUGGUUUCUAGUCUAGAUGGAAAAGAUUUGUCUUCCGACCGUGGAGAGGAAUCUCAUCGAUGGCAGAGCUUGCAUCACCUAUGUUGUCAGACAACAAAGUGCCUGUCUGCUUACCUGGCUGCCAUAGUUACCAAGUCAGUUGUCAUGGAUACCUGGGGCUUGAUGCCAAAGAAACCUGAUAAACCAUUGUCUGAUGAUGCAGCAAAAGAUCCUGAUGCCGAUACCAUGAGUAUCUGCUCAGAAACCUUGCCGUCCCCCGUGUUGGAAAGCUCUCCACUGACAGCGAGCGCAGAGGGAGGCAUGAAGACUCCAGCUGACGUGGAAGCCUGGACUUUACUUGCUCAGCAACUGGAGGAUUUGUUGUGUAUAGACUGCUUUCUGAAGUUGUCUCCCCCUGGUCAUAAACAGGUUGUGAACCUGACGGAGGAGAUAAAAGUCAGUGUACUCACUGUGCUUGAAGGAGGCAAAGGUUGUAUCAGUGAGGUGGUUGCUAGGCAUAUUGCGAGGGUAGGUUUCCAGCCCCAGGACCUAUACCGGCCACUUCAAGAAGAGGCUUGCAGGGAAGCUGGGAGUCAUUCGAACGUUUCUAGUCAGGAAAUAGUCUGGGACCAAAUGGAGUUGUUGAAGAGACGUUUCCCCCAUAGCCUGGAGAAUGACGUUUUGUUCAGUAACAGCAGUUGGGAGUAUGCUGUCCUCUGGAAUAAAGUGCCUGAGGAAGUCAACAAUCUAAAGCAUGCCCUUGAUUUCCUACGCCUAGUACAGAAUGCUAUGCUCAGACAAGGUGUGUGCAGUAUGAUGUGGCACAUGUUUAUAUCGAAGAGGUUUCAAGCCAUAGGUCAGCUGAUGGAAAAGGUAGGGAAAGUACCAAAAGAUCGUCUCUGUAGAAAGGAAAUUGGCAUAAGCGAAACAAGACUAGGUACCUUUGUGUCCCAGAUCUGUGACUUCUUCAACAUUAUCAUGGAUGCCAACUGUGAGACCAAUGAAGUGCCUGUGUUCAACCAUGAGCCCUCGUGGACUGAGGUCAAAGGAAGCGUCUCUCUGGUAGAGCUGGCAAUAGACCAAAAGUCAACCAAUUAUGGGUUGUUGACUGUGUUCAACCAGCUGUCUACAAUUAUACAUGCUGUGGUUACAUUCAACAUCAAACAAGUCAAAGUACUCUCGCUGUUUGAUACUAAGGGUAGACACGCACUGAGUCAGGAGCUGCAUGCACAUCCCCUGCUGCCUACAACCAGCGUGGACUCCAGUGUGGCUGCCCUACGAAAACAGUUCUUGACAAGAGUGAUCACUGAGUCAGUGAAGAAGAUGCGAGAGUUCUGUCCUGUGAGCUCUUCUGACAAUGCUGGUUCCCCAUCCAGUGUGUCCGUCAGCAAGCUGAGGUCAAGUGAGGCUGGACGCUGGCCGGGCACCAUCCUUGACCUUGCUGACCAGUUUGGCCUUGACCUUGAUCAGCUCAAGCAGCACCAGGUGUGUGAGCUCUACUCUGCUGGCUUUGACAAGCUCGCUGAAGAGGUGCUGGUGACCGUGAAUGACCGCCAGUCCCUGGGUGCCCAGCUGCUGACCAUAUGUGGACAGCGAGUGGCCUACAAGCUGGCCGGCAUGGACGCCCAGAUGAUGGUAGAUCUCAUGUCAAACGUCAACCCUGCCCUAUCCACCUGGCUCAAAGCUAUGAAUGCUGGCUUGCUUCUUCAAGCUGAUGUAGAGACAUCUUAUAUACAGAACCUAAUUCACCAGACUUUAAUUCACCUGUCCGAGGACCACCCACUUCAUGGCAUUGCCCAGGCAUUAGAAUCUCUCUCCCAUGUUUUGUGAUUGGGAUCAUUUAUAUAAUUACAUUUAUAUCCUUUAUUUUCUUAUAUGAUUGAAAAUAAUACUGUCAUAAACCAUAUAUUUUACGUUUGAGGCUUGUUUCUCAUAAACAAGGUUAACUUUUAUAUAUUAUUUGUGUUUGCCAUCAGAAUGAUAGGCAUACAUUGUCUGAUACGUUCAGAUAUUGUUGUUUUCGCUAGGUGUAUUUGUAUUAUGUUAUUUUAUGUCUUUCAUGAUUACUUUAGAAUAAGUGUACUUAUGAGUCUUAUUUCUGUCGGGCAUGUUUCUUUACUAUGUUCGGAGAAUGUGUCGUGAAGUGUUUUGAACAUGUACUUUGUAUUGAACUUUGUAUAAAACCUUUUCCGUUGUAACUGAAAGGGAUUAUUGAUUACACCUGGUUCUUGCCAACUUCAGUGUAUCCGUUUGAAUCAGUGCAACCGAUAUAUGCCGCCUUCUUUAAAAUAGUGUAGAAGUACUCCAGCAAUGUCAACCAAACUUAUGGAGAUAAUAGUGUUACUUGGACCACAUUAACUUGGUAGGGGACCGUUGUUUUGUCUUUGGAAAAGAUCUUCAUAAUAAAGAAGCCUUAUAAUAUAACAUUAAAUUUAACAUUGCAUCGGCAAAGGCCUAACAAUCUUAUUCCAAAGCAUCAAUAUCAUGAAAAAGGAAGUAAUGCUAUUGCGUUCGGUUUAUUUUAUUACUGACUGCCAGAAGACUGCAUACUUCUGUUAUAAUAUCGUUUUUAUGUGAAUAUGCUGUAUUAUUUGAUAACAGUACUUUUAGCCAAAGUAUAUUUGUUUUGAUUGUUGUUAUGCUUCGUUGACUGUUUUCCUUCAUAACUGUGUUAUACAAUUUUGGUGAACGUGCAAUGCUAGUGUUGUGGAACGGAACAUGAUUAUCAGCUUUUCGCUUAUGUGUAUUC